CACGUAGCACCCAACACGGUCGCCAGUGCCCGCCACGCCGCAAAGCACCUCGCCCAUUCAUCGCCUUUCUCAAACCCCCAACUUUGCCCACCCUCCUCAAAAGGCUCGCUCAGCUCACUGUUUCUGCUCAUCUCAGCUCAACCUCGGCGGCCAUGGCGACAACCUCCUCGUCUUUGCCCAUGUGGGCGUUGCUCGAGAAGCUGGCCAAGGAGGUGGACCCAUGGGCGCCGGGCUUCUGGCGCGACUUCGGCAUCGGCAUGCUGAAGCCCGCCGCCGCCACGGCCGUGGUCGCCAUGGCCGUGGCCCUGAGCUUCACGCAGCGGCUGGGGGUGGAAGGCGAGAUGAUGUACGCCAUCGCGCGGUCCUUCCUGCAGCUGUCCGUGAUCGGCUUCGUGCUCCACUUCAUCUUCUCCCAGCACAACCCGGUCCUGAUCGUGCUCGCCUACCUCUUCAUGGUGACCGUGGCCGGGCACACGGCGGGGCGGCGGGCGCGGCGGGUGCCCCGGGGGAGCUACAUCGCCGGGGUGUCGAUCCUGGCCGGGACCGCGGUCACCAUGGCCGUCCUGGUGGUUCUAAACGUGUUCCCCUUCACGCCGCGCUACAUCAUCCCCGUGGCCGGCAUGAUGGUCGGCAACGCCAUGACCGUCACCGGCGUCACCAUGAAGAAGCUCCACGAGGACGUCAAGACCCAGAGAACCCUCGUGGAGACGGCGCUGGCGCUGGGUGCGACGCCGGGGCAGGCGACGGAGGGGCAGGUGAGGCGGGCGCUGGUGAUGGCGCUGUCGCCGGUGAUCGACAACGCAAAGACGGUGGGGCUCAUCGCGCUGCCGGGGGCCAUGACGGGGCUCAUCAUGGGCGGGGCGUCGCCGCUCGAGGCCAUCCAGCUGCAGAUCGUCGUCAUGAACAUGCUCAUGGGGGCGUCAACCGUCAGCAGCAUCCUCUCCACUUACCUCUGCUGGCCGCAGUUCUUCACCAAGGCCUUCCAGCUCCAGGACACCGUCUUCGCUGACUAGAUCACAGAACAAAAUGCCUACUAGUACUUCCCUUUCCUUGCUUCUUCCUGUUGUUGCAGCUUUUAAUAAAGAUCUGAAGCUUGCGUAGAUGAAGAUGAAUCCUCUGUUUGUUUGGGUUGAGACAGAGACCACCUGAUUUUAAUAUGACCUAUUGACCUUACUAGGAUCUUUCAUUCUAAUUGCAGAGGUUACAGUUCUGAAGCAAAUCGUUCUUCCUUACAAAAUACAUUACUACCACUGAACAGUUAAUCACAAGAUUGUCGCUAUGAUGCUCUAAAAUGUUCAUCGAGUGCAACUUUUAAGAGCAUUCAGUAAAAGGGAAUAGCAUUCAGUAAAAUGUUCAUCAUGUUUCAA